GUCGAAGCUGCGUUUAUACUCUCCAAAAUCACAAACGACGACGCAAAGUUCAGGUACGUUGUACUUAACUUGGUUAAUGCAACGUUACCUUUUGUCUCUGAUUUAAUCGCAAAUCCUCCGCCUACCGAGAAAUAUCAAGCUAUUAAAGAUCGAAUCAUACGUUCAUUCGAUGAAACCGCUGAAUCCAAGCUUCGAAAACUUUUGUGCGGACACGAGAUCGGGGACGACAAGCCAUCUCACUUUCUGCAACGGCUCAAGAACUUAGCAGGCGGACAAUGCAAUGAUUCUAUUUUACAUUUGACCAUACUCGCAUCGCAAGCCGAUAAAAUCCAUGAAAUCUCAAAACCAUCAAUUAACGCCCUAACCUCUGCACAGCCUUCUUUAAAUAUCACUAACAUUAUUGAUGAUUUGACUAAGCGUAUAGAUGCUUUGACAAAAGAGGUACAACGUUCACGAAGAUCUCGUUCCAGAACAGCACGCAGUCCACGCGGAAAAUUUAGACCAAAAUCAGGAGGUUGCAGCCAGGAAAGAAAUCUGUUGGUAUCACUAUUCGGAAAACUAGCCAAACGACCGCAUAUCCAGGCGUUAGCGGAUGUUUUGCCAAAACGUAAAGUCAGAGUAACACAGUCAUGCGAUGAAUUCAAAUUAUUCGCGGCAAACGGUUCAGAAAUUAAAACUUACGGACCUAAAGUAGCACAAGUAGACUUGGGACUCAGGCGAUCAUUCCCCUGGAAGUUUAUUGUUGCUGAUGUAACUCACGCAAUCCUUGGCGCAGAUUUCCUUCGUCACUACGGACUUUUAGUCGAUCUCGCAAAUAAACGUCUCAUUGAUGAUACGGCCAAGCUACAAAUUCCCGGUCGAGUGCUCAAAUCCUUCACACUUUCAUUAACUGCUAUUGAUAGUAAGUGCAAAUAUUAUCAACUUUUUAAGGAAUACAUAGAAAUUACUAAAGUAUCUCCGCGAAAAGUAGAUAUUCAUCAGAUUGAGCAUCACAUCACUACCCGCGGACCUCCAAUUGCGGAACGAGCAAGACGACUUCCUCCGGAAAAAUUUAAGAUCGCUAAAGCUGAGUUCGAUAUGAUGUUGCGAGAAGGUUUGUGUCAACCGUCAUCUAGACCAUGGGCAUCCCCGCUCCAUAUGGUGCCUAAAAAGAGUGAAGGAUGUACUGUAUUUUCCAAGAUCGAUCUCAUCCGUGCAUUUCACCAAGUGCCUCUUGCAGCUGAAGAUAGGCCUAAAACCGCUGUCGUUGCUCUUUUCGGCCUUUUUGAGUUCAACGUAAUGACCUUUAAACUUCGAAAUGCAGCCCAAAUGUUUCAAAGGCUAAUUGACACCGCUCUUCGAGGACUAAAUUUUUGUCAUCCUUACAUCGACGACAUUCUUAUCGCCUCGCCUGAUCAUCAAACACACGAAGUUCAUUUGAGAGCAGUUUUUGACAGAUUACGCAAAUAUG